AUGUGCAAAGCUGGUUUCGCCGGCGACGAUGCACCCAGAGCUAUUUUCCCCUCCGUCGUCGGUCGUCCUCGCCAUGAAGGUGUGAUGGUUGGUACAGGACAGAAGGAUUCGUAUGUUGGCGACGAAGCUCAAAGUAAAAGAAGUAUCCUUACCUUGAAACACUCCAUCGAACACGGCAUCGUCACAAACUGGGAUGAUAUGGAAAAGGUACGUUUUUGUGCUUUGUUUCAUUUUCUUGAUUUUGCUUCGACUUGUGGGUUAACGCCCAUUCUUCUAUUUGUUUCAGAUCUGGCGUCACACAUUUGACAAUGAACUUCGAGUAGCACCAGAAGAACAACCCGUCCUCCUUACCGAAGCUCCCAGAAACCCAAAACCCAACCGAGAAAAAAUGACAGAGGUAAAAAGCACACCAACGAUUAUAAUAGCCAUAUUUGUACUUUUAUAGAUUGACGAUAAAUUGAAUUACUUAGUACAGCCAGAACGACUAGUUGUUUCUGAUGUUAAUUAUUUUAUUCAAGAGACAACAAUAUGCAUAUGAACUUUUUUCCUAAUCAGUUUAACUGAAAUAGAAAUAUAUUGGUGUUUGGGUUGCAUGAUCAAUAAUUAAUUAGAAAUUUUGUGUUCUACAUAUAAUAAUAGUGGCAAAUAUUGUUAAUUGCACAUCAUGCAGAUAGUGUUUAGUUAUAUUAACUUGCAGUCUUGAUGAAAGGCUAGUGAUAUGCUUACUUUUAAUUUAAUAUGCCCUGGAAUUAAGAUGUGGCACUGUAAACAGUUGCAUUUUUAACUAGUUAACUUUAAUUCUAAAAUAGUGAAUAUUUGACAAAUAAUUGAUUGAUAUUUUUAUUUUUUACAGAUAAUGUUUGAAUUCUUCGACAUCCCAGCUAUGUAUGUAGCCAUCCAGCCUGUGUUACCUCUGUAUGCUUCUUGUCGUGUGACAGGAAUGGUGUUCGACAGUGGCGAUGGUGUCUCCCACGCUGUACCAGUCUAUGAAGGUUAUGCCUUGCCUCAUGCCAUCCUUCGUCUUAAUUUAGCUGGCCGUGAUCUUACUGACUACCUUACUGACUACCUCAUUCACCACGACUUCCGAAACAUAAAUUGCCCGUGAUAUCAAAGAGAAGCUAUGCUAUGUCGCUCUUGAUUUUGAACAAGAAACGGAGACUGAAGCAACCAGUUCUAGCUUGGAGAAGGGCUACGAGCUUCCUGACGGUCAAGUUAUCACUGUUGGUAAUGAGCGAUUUCGAUGCCCGGAACCAUUCUUCCAACCAUCAUUCCUCGGAGUGGAAGGUGCUGGUAUCCAUGAAACCUGCUAUAACUCCAUCAUGAAAUGUGAUGACGACAUCUGGAAAGAUCUGUAUGCUAACACCGUGCUGUCUGGUGGUUCUACUAUGUUCCCUGGUAUUGCCGACAGAAUGGAAAAAGAAAUCACUGCUCUCGCUCCGCCUAAGAUGAAAAUCAAGGUGAUUGCUCCACCAGAAAGGAAGUACUCAGUCUGGAUUGGUGGCUCCAUCUUGGCUUCCCUCUCAACAUUCCAAAAAAUGAGUAUCUCCAAACCAGAAUACGAUGAAUCUGGUCCAUCUAUCGUUCACCGAAAAUGCUUCUAA